AUGCUUCUCCAGAAACAACAGAGUCGGCUUGAUGGACUACUGGCUCUGCUGGAGGCAAAGGAUACCAGUACGAGCGUCCGACGACUGGCGGCCCAGCAACUCGCCGAACUCGUUGACGCUCAACCCUCGGAUGCAGCUUUCAUCAUAGAUCCUGGCUCCGUACACGUUCUGAACCAGCUGUUGCGGGUUGUUUUGCACUCGAAAGUAUGGGAUGCUCGAAUAUGUGCUGGAUCGGCGUUGAAACUCGUCGUCCAACGGCUGCAGACCUGUUUGCAGGCGCCGGCAAACCUCGACAACGACGAAGCGUUAAACAACUUGCUCACACUGCGGCAACUCGACCCGAAAUUCCUCAUGGAUACGGGCUCAGUGUUUUCCUCAUCAAGCGGAGUCGAGUACAUGGUCGCGGCAGGCGACGUUCGUGAGCAGUGGGUAGAGCUGCGUCGAGAGCUCCUCGGGGGCGUGGCUGCCACCGCAAUCGAUCUGGACAUUGGCGUCAGUCUCGCAGAUAUUGCGGAACGGAAGCAGAAUACAGAGCAAGCGACUCCGAAAAACGCAUUGAGGGUGCCUCAGCGGCGGAAGACGGCACCUCUGCAGUCGAACGUAUGCAAGCGACCACGAGCUCCAACGUCGCUCAAAGCGGACGUUCUGGACUCCGUCCACACCGACUCGCAUGAACAUAUGAACGACGGCGAUGACGACAACGGCGACAAGGACGUUGACCGCCCAUCGAGAAAGACUUCAGUCCAAGCGGGUUCUAUUGAGCUCGAAACGGAAAACGACCUCGGCACUGUAACGCUGGAUGCAGCGCUUCACCGACUGGUAUGCAUCCUGGCGGAUUCGCUACUCUCGCCCGACUGGGAGACGCGCCACGGGGCAGCUGUCGCAACCCGAGACAUGCUCUCGGUAAGAGCUUUUCGUGAAUGGCUACCGAUGGAAGAACGUGAGGACAUUGCUUCUCGCAUGUACGUGCUCCUGGCUAUGGAUCGCUUCCGCGACUACGCUUCCGAUCAAGUGGUAGCACCGGUGCCAGAAACUGUCUCCAUGGCGCUCGGCUCGGUGGCUGUCGGCCUCGACGCUGAAACCGCUGCCCAGUUAGAGUCUCAUUUGCUCGAAUUGAUCCGAUAUAAGGAGGAGUGGCAGGCACGGCACGGCGGUUUGCUCGGCAUGCGCUAUCUACUUGCAGUGCGGGCGGAUCUGCGAGCGAAACGGCUGCCAGAGACGUUGCCGGUGCUCCUCGAUGUGCUGAAAUCCGAUGACGAUGACGUGAUAGCAGCAGCAUGUGAGGUUAUCAUAUUGAUUGCCGAAGAGAUCCAUCGACUGGAUAUCGAGCGCAGCACGAAUCAUCUUACAGAGAUUUUGGGCGCUUGCUGGGACAAUCUCGGAUCCUUUGAUGAGCUCAGUGCAUGUGUGACUGCUCUAGUUCGUUGCAUCGAAGCGCUCCUGCGGGCCAGACCUUCGUCUUGCUCGAUCCUGGGCGAGGGUCCAGCUCGGGUGUUUCGUCUCCUGCGUCAUCGCAACGGAGAAACACGUCGCGCUGCUCUCAGUUGUCUGAUGCAGGGUUUGCGCGCCUUGCCCGAGGCUUCGCCAGUUCGCCGCACUCUCGACGAGGCUGGACUCUAUUCAGCGAUAUGGGCAGCGUGGCUGCUCGAAACGGGUACUGAUGCGGGGAUCGGUGGAAAGCUGCGCGAAUUUUGGUAUCUGCUCUGCGAUACCCGGUGCACAUUUGUGGAGAAUGACCGGGAAACUCCACAGGAGCAAGUCCCAGAUGCUUCGCAGCAUGCCGGUGUGAUUAUCCAGCCAGCGCCGGGUACACCUGCAGCUGUACCCCAGAAGUCUCUUCUUGACAAUGUCGACGGCACAAAGCCGGUAGAAGCAUUGCUGGGCUGCUCCCGGCACCCGCUUGAAGUGCUCCUGCUGCGCGCAGCAGCAGAAGCUCGAUCCCCGGUCGAAGCGCAGAAGCUGCUCGAGCGACUCUUCCAGCGAAUGCAUUGGUCAUUACCGGGCACAGCUGUGGCACCCGUAUCCUCUGGUCACGAUGCUGGCUAUGAAAUGCAGCUUCAAAGCGCAGAAGCGCUCGCGUGCUACAUCCGGAUGCACCCGCACUGUCUCGAAGGCGAGCGGCAUGGCUUGGCAAGCUGGCUAGCAACGCUCGCCGCAGCGUCCUCAUUGACGCAGCGCCGUUUCCUCGCCUUGACUGGACGCGCACUGGAAACAUGUCCGGCGUGGUUGUUGACUGCCGUGGAGGCGCAGCUCGCACUCUUGGAGCGCUCAACGGAUACGCUGCACGAGGAAGCGCACGCUGAACUGGAUCCACUCUUCUGGCAGACAAUUCGUUCUCUGCGACAGGUGCAGCCGGCGCAGGUACCAGCGCUAGCUCCGGAACAGACACCGCGAACAGCAGAUCUUGGAGCGCUUUUCGGGGCAUGCACUAGGGAUGAUCUUUGGGAGCAGGUUACGGACCCAGAAGCGGCAGCGCGGCUCACAGCCAUGCGUCUGAAUGUCCGAUCCGCGAUCCUUCGUUGCUGCAAAACAGAGAAUACCGGUCGCCUGUUGGUUGCAGCGGCAGCUGUGGGGGCCCUCGUGCGCCACCUCCCCGAGCUACCGAGCCGUGUAACCCCAUGGAUCCGUAUCCUCCUUGGCGUCCUGCUGGAACAGCUGCCCGAUGGCUUCGGCGUUCCGCUUUUCGACGCGCAUGACGCAUGCUCUCUGGUCGAGUGCGCUCAGGAGGUCGCAGCUAUGGAUCUCGCUCGCUUGACGCAACGCAUGAAGAGAGGUAGCAAAGCGCGAGAUCAGGUCGUGAAGAACCUCAUCACAGCGAGGUGCUCGCGAGCGUUGGCAGCACUGGCGCGAGUCUACGGACCAGGCCUGUUUACGGAGCUACCUCAAAUGGAACAGGAGGUUUUCGGAUCAGUCGAGUCUGUGCUUCCGAAUGCACCCGCGAGCGCAGAUACCGACGAGACCAAAGCCGAGCAACACCAACGAUGUGACCUGGUGCUCUGUGCGGUAGCCGAUGACCUGGACUCCACCUUGGUGUCGCGCUUGUUGAUGCUGUUCCCAGCGCUCAUUCGUCGUCGAGCGCGAGCACUGGUACCUCUAUGUUGUCGCUUCACGCGUCCGGCCAUGGAAGCUGUCAUUCAGCACCUGCUGCCGCUCCUGGAGCCGGGCGAAGAGGCACCACUUCCUGCCGUGCCCGUGAACCGGCACGCAAACACGACCUGCGAUACCUACGAAGCACGCUUUCAGGCAAUAGCGCUCUUAGCGGAAAUCGUGCACAGUCUGGGAGAGCGCAUCAUUCCUUAUGCGGCUUUUCUGGUGGUACCCCUGCUCGGACGUCUCGUAGAUCAAGAUGAACGUGUACGCAGUCUCGCCGCGAUGGUCUUUGGGGAACUUGUCCGUCUGUUGCCAUUGGAAGGCGCCUUGCCGGCAGACGAGUUGCUGUCGCCAGCGCUCCAGCAGCAGCUAAGCAGUGCCCGCGACUUUAUCGCCCAGCUUCUCGGGCAAAAGCCUCUCGAAGUGUUCCGGUUGAGCAUUCCCAUUGGCGACAACGUUCAAUUGCGCACAUAUCAGCAAGAGGGUCUCAACUGGUUGGCGUUUCUCCAUCGCUACGGACUGCACGGAGCACUCUGCGACGACAUGGGUCUCGGUAAGACGCUAAUGACGCUCUGCAUCUUGGCUGCUGAUCGAUGCGGACUAGUGGGCGGCCCAGCUGGUGCCCGACUCUCCAGUCGAAGUAGCACGAGUGGUCAUCGUGAUGGUGUCGAUGCUCCUGCACAAAACGAUGGGCAGGUCGCUCUCGAGGCGAGCGCUGGCACGACUCCGCUCCCGAGUCUGGUCGUUUGUCCAGCCAGUGUGAUGCACCACUGGCAUGAUGAGGUGCUGCGUUUCUUCCCAAGGCACCUGACGCCGGUGCUUGUGUACGCUGGCGCGCCCGGUCAGCGGCAGGAGCUCGCACAACAGCUUCGCGGUGCUGAACGACCACCGCUCGUGAUUACCAGCUAUGAAGUCGUUCGAAGCGACCUGGAGAAGCUAGCUAGCCUGCGCUACGCCUAUGUGGUGCUCGACGAAGGCCACAUGAUCAAGAACGCUCGCUCGAAACUGUCGCAAGCCGUGCGACGAUUGCACGCCCGUCACCGUCUGAUUCUGACGGGAACACCGAUUCAGAACAAUGUAACGGAACUGUGGGCCUUGUUUGACUUUUUGAUGCCCGGCUAUCUGGGCACAGAGCAGUCGUUUGUUGCCCAGUAUGCCAAGCCUAUCCAGGCGGCACGUCAUCCCAAGUGCAGCGACGCAGCACGAGAGGCCGGUGAGCGGGCCCUGGCUGCGCUCCACCGCCAGGUUCUCCCGUUUAUCCUUCGACGAAUGAAGGAAAACGUCAUGAAGGAACUGCCGCCCAAAGUCAUCCAGGAUCGAAUCUGUGCCCUCAGCGAUAUACAGCGCUUCAUCUACGACUCGUUUGUGCAGACUGCUCCGCUGGAGUGGCUCGCGGAGACUCGUGCACCAACACUGGCAGCGACGGCAGCGGAAGUGGAAGCAGCGCCCCGCGACACCGACGAGGAUGCUGGACAGGUCCCAGCGCUGACGCCGAAACGACUCUCCGGUUCGAGUCAUGUUUUUUAUGCAUUGAUGUUCCUACGACGCCUAUGUACGCAUCCGCGAUUGAUCCUAUCUGAACUCGCGCCCGAGCUGCGACGCCAGGUAGAGGAGCAGCUGAAUCGAGCCCAACUAGACUGGAACAGCCUCGACAUCGCUCCCAAAAUGCUUGCACUCGGGGAGCUUCUCUACGAGUGCGGUAUCGCCAGCGACGACACCAGCAGUGCUGGCGCCAGUAUCAUCGACGCUACCGUGCAGACGUGGGACACAACGUCUCAGCGCGCAGAAAAGAAGCAUCGUGCGCUCAUAUUCGCACAACUGAAAGAGACGCUGGACAUCAUCGAGACAGACGUCUUGCAACGUUGGUAUCCCCAGGUGAGUUACCUUCGACUGGACGGGAGCAUUGUCGAUCCGCGUAUUCGCCAGGAUCUCGUCCAUCGCUUUAACCGUGACCCGACGAUUGACUGCCUUUUGCUGACCACACACGUCGGGGGUCUCGGGCUGAACCUCACCGGUGCCGAUACGGUCAUUUUCGUGGAAUGUGACUACAACCCCACGGUAGACUUGCAGGCAAUGGAUCGAGCGCACCGGAUCGGUCAGACGCGCGUGGUGACAGUGCAUCGUCUGAUUACCCGCGGUACCAUCGAGGAGAAGAUCAUGAGCAUUCAGCGCUUUAAGAUGCAUCUCGCCACCAGCGUGGUGAACCAGGAGAACGCUUCGCUGCGUCUCAUGAACACCGAGCAGAUUCUGGAAUUGUUUCGACCGGUGGCGGCGACAGGUACCGCUGGGGCUCUCGAUGCCAAGGCCGAGAUACCGCUGCCGUCCGCGGAAACUGGGUCAGCUCGUCGACGUGCGCCCGGAAAAGACGCUCAUGGAGAAGCUGGAGGUCGCAGCACAGGCGCUUGGCGGAUGCUCGCACGCAUACCCGAACAAGCGGCCGCCGAGGCGUACGGAGAGGAGUUCCAACGGGCACGUGCCUUUGUGCAGGAGCUUCUCACGAGCGAUCAAGAAGGCUCGGCGCUGGUACAGAUGGAGCACGAUUCCAAGCGCUGA